AUGGCUUCUUCCCAGUCAGCCUUCGACCCUUUCUUUAGGGGCGAGGGCGCGGUUGCUACUCGGACGCUUCUUCGUGUUGUCAUUCUGGUUCUCAUAGCAUCCGCCGCCGUGUCUGCCCGCCUCUUCUCUGUGAUCCGCUUCGAGAGCAUCAUCCACGAAUUCGAUCCUUGGUUCAACUUCAGGGCAACCAAGUAUCUGGUCCAGCAUGGCUUCUACAAGUUCUGGGAUUGGUUCGACGACCGUACAUGGCAUCCACUCGGCCGUGUCACCGGCGGCACCUUGUAUCCAGGUCUCAUGGUCACUAGCGGCGUGAUUUACCACCUUCUCCGCACCCUCGCCCUCCCUGUCGACAUCAGGAAUAUUUGCGUCCUCCUUGCCCCAGCUUUCUCCGGGCUUACUGCCUUUGCCACAUACCUUCUCACCUCUGAGAUGUCGACCUCGCCUUCGGCCGGCCUCCUCGCAGCCGCAUUCAUGGGGAUCGCUCCAGGCUACAUCUCCCGUUCAGUGGCUGGCAGCUACGACAAUGAGGCAAUAGCCAUCUUCCUCCUUGUGUUCACCUUCUUUCUUUGGAUCAAGGCGGUAAAGGAAGGCAGCGCCAUGUGGGGUGCUUUUGCUGCCUUGUUUUAUGGCUACAUGGUCUCUGCCUGGGGAGGCUAUGUCUUCAUUACCAAUUUGUUGCCUUUGCACGCUUUUGUGCUGAUCUGCAUGGGCCGCUACAGUCCAAGACUGUACGUCAGCUACACGACGUGGUAUGCACUAGGCACUUUGGCCAGUAUGCAGAUCCCGUUCGUUGGCUUUCUACCUAUUAGAAGUAGCGAGCACAUGUCCGCAUUGGGUGUGUUUGGGCUGCUUCAGAUUGUCGCCUUUGUUGAAUACGUACGGACGCAGCUCCCAAACCGACAAUUCCAAACCAUGCUUCGAUCAUUGGUCUUGUUCGUCUUCGUUAUCGGUUUCGGUGGACUGGUCCUACUCACAGUGACUGGCGUAAUCGCUCCAUGGACAGGCCGCUUCUAUUCUCUCUGGGACACUGGGUAUGCAAAGAUUCACAUUCCCAUUAUUGCAUCUGUGUCGGAACACCAGCCGACUGCUUGGCCUGCCUUCUUCUUCGACUUGAAUAUGUUAAUCUGGCUAUUCCCGGCAGGGGUUUACCUAUGCUUCCGUAGUUUGAAGGAUGAGCAUGUCUUUAUCGUGAUAUAUGCUGUCUUGUCAAGCUAUUUUGCCGGUGUCAUGGUGCGCUUGAUGCUCACAUUGACUCCUGUCGUCUGUGUGGCUGCCGCUAUGGCUUUGUCCCAAAUUCUGGACACCUAUCUUGUAGUCGAGUCACCAAAGGAGCCAGAAAAUCAUCAGAACGGUGAGACUAAAUCAGCAGCAGCCACUGGUGCCUCCCUCGUCACAGAAGGUCUCCGAUCAACAAAAGCACCAUUAGUUGGAGUAUAUUCAAAUAUGUCAAAGAUGGCCGUAACCGCCUGCAGCAUUAUCUAUCUACUUAUAUUCGUGGCGCACUGUACCUGGGUCACCUCCAACGCCUAUUCAUCUCCAUCCGUCGUUCUCGCGAGUCGGCUUCCAGAUGGCAGCCAGCACAUCAUUGAUGAUUACAGAGAAGCAUAUUAUUGGCUGCGCCAGAAUACACCCUACAACGCGAAGAUCAUGUCAUGGUGGGAUUAUGGCUACCAGAUUGGCGGCAUGGCUGAUCGGCCAACCCUGGUUGACAACAACACCUGGAACAACACACAUAUCGCGACCGUAGGCAAGGCAAUGUCCUCGAGGGAAGAGGUUAGCUACCCAAUCAUGCGUCAGCACGAGGUGGACUAUGUUCUCGUCGUGUUCGGUGGCCUCCUUGGCUAUUCUGGCGACGAUAUUAACAAAUUUCUCUGGAUGGUUAGAAUUGCAGAGGGCAUCUGGCCUGAGGAGGUAAAGGAGCGAGAUUUCUUCACUCCACGAGGCGAGUACCGUGUUGACGACCAGGCCACUCCCACGAUGCGUAAUAGUUUGAUGUAUAAGAUGUCCUAUUAUAAUUACGACAAGCUCUUUCCUGCAGGUCAGGCUACUGACCGAGUCCGUGGCGCCCGACUACCAGCAGAAGGUCCACAAUUGACAACGCUUGAGGAAGCCUUCACCAGUGAAAAUUGGAUUAUCAGGAUAUAUAAAGUCAAGGACCUUGACAACUUUGGAAGAGACCACGCCGCCGCCGCUGCUUUCGACAAAGGUCACAAGAAGAAGAAGGCACUGAAAAAAAGAGGAGCAAGAGUGCUACGUGUUGACUAA